AUGAACCAGAUAUCAAUAUCAUUCACCAACAAUGGGUCCUCCUCUCAAAUCCAGAAACACAGACCUCCCACGACAAACUCAUUUUCUAUAGAAUCUGUCGAAUCCUCGAUAAAAAGUCUGUUGAGGAGCUGGUACAGAAGGCAGAAGUGGCAGUUUUUAUUCAACUCUACUUCACCACAAGAACCUGAUAGAGCUCCAUGGAGAACCCACUUAGCUAGUUUCCUUCAAUCCACACCAGUUCAUGCAGUUUCUCUCAGUCUCCUUGUUAUCGAUCUGAUCUUCACUAUCCUUGAACUAUCCUCAUCUUUGCUUGUUACCAGUUGCAGGCCAAAAGACAACCACCACAAAGCCACACAAGAAAUCUGGUACCACUGGGUUGGCAUUGCUAUUCUUACACUGCUUUCGGCCAAGACUAUAGCCCUGGCUGUAGGGCUCGGUACCAGAUUCUUCAGGCGUCCAGGUUAUGUCAUUGAUGGGAUUGUUUUGAUCGGCGCGUUGGGGUUGGAAGUGUUUCUAGAGAAGGUUGGGGGUGGUUUGCUUGUUGUGGUUAGUUUGUGGCGAGUUGUUAGGGUUGUAGAAAGUGCAUUUGAGCUGAGUGACGAGGCCAUUGAAGCACAGAUUGAAGGGGUUGUAUGUCAGUUUGAGAUAUUGAGGGAAGAGAAUAGGAAACUGUUAGAAGUCAUUGCCGAGAAAGAUAAGAUCAUACAGGAGCUCCAAGAGGAGUCGAAUCAAUGUGUUGUGCGAUGGUGGAGGGGGCUUCAGGUCAAGCGACUCCUUGCCCCGGUCAGGCUUGUCCGCAGAUCCAGAUGGGUUGUUUCCGACAUCAUUCACUUGGUGGUGCGGAUCUUGGCCUUUGGUUGUGCAACGAAGACUCUCAGAUCCGGCGGGGCCUCUGGACGUGCGAUGGAGGAGGGUGCUGAGAGGCUCUUCUUGAGGGUUGCUCCUCAAGAUGUUUCGAUGUCGCUCUUAACAUAG